AUGAGUUUGUUUAAAUUUAAAAUUAAACCCAAGAGUUCUUUGAAAUCCGAUCUACUAAAAGUUUUGAGAUUAUAUACGCCUGAUAUGCCUCACACAACCGCCGGUCCCAUAUAUAGAAAUGGCAGCCUAUAUUGGCGGUUUUUAUCAUAUGUACAAGAACUCCAUGCGGAUGAUCCGCUAGAAAAUCUAAGCAAAGUUGCAAAGAAAGAAAUGCUGAUUGCCAUCAAUUCAGGUUGCAAAUACAAUGACACGUACGAGUCAUCGUAUGAUUUUAUGGUCACUAAUUACACUGAAAUUAUAGACAUAAAUUUGAAGUUACUCAAACAGAGGAAGGUUGAUAUCAUCUUGGUGGCACCCGAAGUAAAGGCUAAUUUACCUGUGCUACAAGCACUCGUUAGCCAUUUGUCUUCUUUCUAUAUAGAUGAGUUGAAUAAGUCAUUUUCGACAGGUACCGUACCGUAUGCGACAUUAAGACGAAGGAUCGAGUCAUCAUUUACUCAGAUUGUUGAACCACAUCCCACGUUGCGUGAUUUUAUAUUUUCUAACGUUAUAAAAUAUAUGGUGUCCCUGAAAACUGAUGUCCCGCUUUAUAGUAUACCAAUUCUCGGGAGUUAUCAUCACCGAUAUACGUUUACCUGGUUAGAAAAAUGGAGUCUUGAUAAGAGUCAAUUUAGAGAACCCAGUGAGCAACAGAAAUUUGGUAGCAGAUCUUAUAAAUCCAAAUUAAAUGCGUUCAAGCUGCGAGUCGAUAAGUCUUUUUCCAAGACGAAAGACUUUCAGCUUCGUCGUCUUCCUCAGAGUAAGGAGAAGGAGAAUCAUGGAGCCUCGACUAGUGUGACAUCUUCACCGGGUCAAUCAGCAGAAUCGUCAAUAAUAACUCCAAAUGAAAGUUUUACUAGUGAACUAAAACAGCUUUAUCAUAACCAUAACGAACAAUCCAGUGACGGUAAUUUGGAUAAAAAUGGGACCAAAGAUCCUAGUAAAAUAAAAGGAAAAAAGACCGCUAAUAUCCGAAUUAAAAGCUCUAAGGUGAAGGAUGACUCGAACGCACCAAAAACAUCAAUUCGUGAAGAUAUUUCUGGUUUAUUCGUAAAUCCUACUAUAAUAGAAAAUCCCCGCAUAGAGAAAACUGUUAUUAAAAAACGAAGAAAUACAUAUGAUCCUUCUGAGACCGCAGCAAGACAACAAUCGUGGAAGAUGAGUCUUCUGAGAAUUCUUCAUCAGAGAAUUCCAUCAGAGAAAACAUGGAUGUACUGUCCGUGGCAGAUGUGUCUGGUGAGACUUCACCAGGAUAUUGCAAGAGUGACAGAAGUAAAGCGAAAGGUUUCGAGGGCUUUUCUGCUCCUCAUAGAAAAAUACCAUCGGCGUCCUUUCCUGCGAUAA